CACCAGACCUGAGAAAACAUCUCAGCGAUAGAUAGAUAGAUAGAUAGAUAGAUAGAUAGAUAGAUAAACUAACUAUACAAAAGUGACACUAUACAUUGGACAUUGCUGGCUAUUAUUGUCACUCUUGAAAUUUCUGUUUCUGCAGCCAUAGGCCUACAAGGAACUCCACUCUAAAACAUUUGGUGGCUAUCAUCAAAGACUAUAGAAAUACUAUCAUGCUCGGAGAAGCUUUCCUUCAUGUUCUGAACUGCGCAGAAGACAUCACAAAUCAUGAUGGACAUGCUCAUACACACUCAACCACCCCCACGAUCCGUCCUGACCCCUGCACAGCGAAUGCCGCCGUCAGAUCUCCUCUGAUACCACGAACUGUGAGAGCUGGCAGGCCCGAAUGCCUGGAAAAGCAAGGGCAGUACCGAGCCUCCGCACCCAGCAACGCUAUGCCCAUUCUCAGCUGUAGCGGGGAGGAUCACUUGGGCAUGAUGUUGUAUUGCUCCUGGUGCUGUCCCAGCUUCUGCAAGAACUAUCCAGACCUCCGGCUUGCUGGUGACCGGCUGGAGCACUGCAGUCCUCAUAACCCAGACCUGCUCAACCCACCAGACGCGGGGCCACUGCUAAAAUCUCAGGACCUGAGCUCUCUGGAAGCAGGUCAACAGGUAGAGGCUGUGACCCAGCAGGAUGAGGAGUAUCUUGUCAUAGAAAGCGUUCAGGGUCCUGGCUGGGAGAGAAGGCUCACCAACUCCAUGUUGAACGGUUACCUGGAAGUCCAAAUGCUCCAGGUGUUUUGUCAGCACAUGCAAAACAUGGCGUGCAAUGGAUCAUCAUUGCUGAGCACUGACGUCAUGCCGGCACUGGGGCCCACCAGCCUGACUGUUGCCAAAGAACAGACAGAAGAGCUGGAUUCUUCAUCCAAUAAUGUUGUGCAUUAUUUAAGCGCUUGUUCAGCUCCAGCCACCUCCCACUUCAGCUCACCAGUGCUACGAAUCUCAGAAGCUGAGUAACCCACCUCAUGAACACAUAUACAAACACACACACACACAGCUCAUGCCCUCAUAAAAUUUCCAGUGUUGGGCUCCUGUCUUUUGACCAAAACAAAUACAAAUAUUUUAAGUUAUCUGUGUUGUUAAAGGAAUGUUCUGCAUGCAAUACUGACAGCAUUUGUGGUAUGUUGAUAACUAGUGAUUUAAAAAAAAUAAUUCCAAUGAAGCACACAAGGCAAAGCAAUGAACAUUAACAUACAUCAUAUGUGACCCUGGACCACAAAACCAGUCUUAAGUCACUGGGGUAUAUUUGUAGCAAUAGCUAAAAAUACAUUGUAUGGGUCAAAAUGAUCGAUUUUUCUUUUAUGCCAAAAAUCAUUAGGAUAUUAAGUAAAGAUCAUGUUCCAUGAAGAUAUUUUGUAAAUUUCUUAUCAUAAAUAUAUCAAAACUUCAUUUUUGAUUAGUAAUAUGCAUUGCUAAGAACUUAAUUUGGACAACUCUAUAAAUGCGAUUUUCUCAAUAUUUAGAUUUUUUUGCACCCUCAGAUUCCAGAUUUUCAUAUAAAAUCUAUUGUCCGAUCCUAACAAACCAUACAUCAAUGGAAAGCUUAUUUAUUGAGCUUUCAGAUGAUGUAUAAAUCUCAAUUUUGAAAAAGUGACACUUAAGACGGGUUUUGUGGUCCAGGGACACAUAUUUCAAAAGUAUAGCCAUAUGAUUUAUAUAUUAUGUAUGUUAACAUGAGACUUAGGGACUUUGUCUAUGUAAAGUUACAGUUACAGUUAGGAUUAAAGGUGUGGGGUCAAUAAGAUUUUUCAUUUUUUUAUAAAGAAGUCUUAUACUCACCAUGAAGGCUGCAUUUAUUUGAUCGAAAAUAAAAUAAAACAGCAAUAUAGUUAAAUGUAAUUACAAUUGAAAAUAAAAGUUUUUAUUUUA